UGCUCCCAGACAUUCAUAGACCACAGAUUCUCUAUAUAAUCGGGCUCAUCUCGGAUCUUCCUCACUUUGAAUAUUUCCUUCUUGAGUUUUCAUCAUGCUGAAGGUACUCGUGUUAAUUGUAUCUCUAUCUUCCGUUUGGAGUCAGAUAGAAGUUCGGCCUCCUUAUAACUAUCUCAAACCGGACGAAACUCCAAAGCCUUAUGAAUUUGAUUACAUUGCCGAAGCUAUUGGAGGUGUUAGUACCAGGAAAGAGACAGCAGACGGUUCUGGAAGAGUAGUUGGAUUUUAUACCAUUAAGGAGGACGACGGGCGUUCGAGAGUUGUAGAAUACGAAGCUGACGCAGGAGGAUUUCGUGCAGUAGUAAAGACAAACGAGCCUGGCGUCGGCAACGAAAGUCCCGCUAGUGUCGAAUUAUACGCUUCUCCCCCUGACGAAUACCUUUAUCGUCGUCCAGUUGACAAGCCACCAGUUCGUGUUGCUGAAGUAAUACCAAAACCUCCGAUUCGUCUUACUGAAGAACCCAAACCCGUCGUCGAAGAAAGGCCUAGAGUCGUAUCACCUUAUUAUCGACCAAGACCUUAUUAUCGACCACCAAAACCACCAAGACCAUACUAUUGAUAGAUCUACUGCUAAUGCAAUGAAAAAUUCAUCGAAAUAAUUUUACGGAUUUGAGCUUUAUAGCUUAAAUGGUUUGGGAAGAUAACUAAUAUAUACGUAUACAUAAGCUAGUAAUAUAAAUUCUGUAUAUCGAUGCUAGCGAUAUUAUAUCUACCUGUAAUGAAGGCAAUAUUAUAUAUUGCAAAUUUUUUCCAGAAUUUAAUUAUAAACAAUACAAAAUUGUAAACUGCUAAAUAAAUUUUUAAAAGUGUUUUAAAAUAAUUUUCA